CUCCGACAUGCAGAGGCAGCAGCACGAGGGCGCGGUCGGAGUUGCCCCUCGUGCUCCGGGGGACGCGGUUCAGUUGCCCCCUGAUGCCACCGAGCGCAAAACCUUCUGCCCCGCGGAGAAGAAAUCCGGAGAGACGGAUUCCACCAAAGUGUACGGAACGUUUCCGAGCGGGGCCCCCGCUCCUCCUCCUCCUGCUCCUCCGGCUCCUGACCCCCAUAAGGAUGCCUCCGGGCAGUUUUUACCCCAAACGGAUAAAGCCAUGUCGCAGAAUAACUGCCCCUCCUCCACAAAACAGGGGGCAAUGGUGGUUCUGGGCACAGAUGGCACUGCGUCUGUUCAGCUCAACCGGGAGGAUCAAGAUGAUGAUGAAGAAGGUGAUGAGAAUAAAGCCAGAGGAAAUUGGUCCAAUAAGCUGGACUUUAUCCUCUCGAUGGUUGGCUAUGCUGUGGGUUUAGGAAACGUGUGGAGGUUUCCAUAUCUCGCCUUUCAAAACGGAGGAGGUGCAUUUUUGAUUCCAUACUUGAUCAUGUUGGGUCUUGCUGGAAUUCCCAUCUUCCUUCUGGAAGUUUCUUUGGGCCAGUUUGCCAGUCAAGGACCAGUUUCUGUAUGGAAGGCUAUUCCAGCUUUACAAGGUUGCGGGAUUGCCAUGUUGAUUAUAUCAGUCUUGAUAGCCAUAUACUAUAAUAUAAUAAUGUGCUGGACACUGUACUACCUGUUCGCUUCGUUCACUUCGUUGAAGGGCUUAUUGCCAUGGACUUACUGUACAAACGAAUGGAACACAGCUGAGUGCAAAGACAAAGACAUGCUGCAGCUGGAUUCCUGCAUCCUUCGAGACAGAAACAUCACCUCCAUUAAAAACAGCACAUUUUGUUUGUCUGCAAACGCCGCUGGGAGUUUAAGCAAACUGCUAAAUCUCACCACGGAUAACAGAACCUACGUCAGCCCCAGUGAAGAAUACUUCAAAUAUAACGUGUUGCACAUCUCCAAAGGGAUUGAGUAUCCAGGAGAUAUCCGCUGGCCCCUGGCCGCUUGCCUCCUCCUGGCAUGGCUCAUUGUGUAUGCAUCCCUGGCUAAAGGAAUCAAGUCAUCAGGCAAGGUGGUGUAUUUUACAGCCACGUUCCCUUAUGUGGUUUUGGUGAUUUUGUUGAUCCGUGGAGUGACGCUGCCUGGCGCAGGCUCCGGUAUCCUUUACUUCAUUACGCCGAAGUGGGAAAAACUCAACGAUGCCAAAGUGUGGAAGGAUGCUGCCACUCAGAUCUUCUUCUCCCUCUCUGCUGCAUGGGGAGGUUUAAUCACGCUCUCCUCAUACAAUAAAUUUCAUAACAACUGUUACAGGGACACUAUAAUAGUAACGUGUACAAACAGCGCUACCAGUAUUUUUGCUGGUUUUGUGAUUUUCUCUGUCAUUGGAUUCAUGGCUCAUGAGCUUAAGGUUCCGAUUGAGAGAGUGGCAGAUGAAGGUCCUGGAAUUGCAUUUGUGGUUUAUCCAGAAGCUCUAACCAGGCUGCCAAUUUCUCCAUUUUGGGCCAUAAUUUUCUUUCUCAUGCUUCUCACGCUUGGACUGGAUACCAUGUUUGCAACCAUCGAGACUAUUGUGACGUCUGUAGCUGAUGAGUUUCCCAAAUAUCUGCGCAAGCACAAGCCUAUCUUCACCCUCGUGUGCUGCGUGUCCUUCUACAUCCUGGGCUUCCCGAUGAUAAAUGAGAGUGGCAUGUACAUGCUUCAGCUGGUCGAUACCUACGCAGCCUCUUACUCUCUCGUCAUUAUCGCCAUCUUUGAGCUGGUUGGAGUUUCUUACAUCUACGGCUUGCAGAGAUUCUGUGAGGACAUAGAAAUGAUGAUUGGUUUCCAGCCGAACAGGUUCUGGAGGAUAUGUUGGGCUUUUGUAACACCUACUAUUCUCACAUUUAUUUUGGGACUGAGUCUGUACCAGUGGAAGGUGAUGACCUAUGAGGACUACACCUACCCCACCUGGUCCAUGGUGCUCGGGUGGCUCAUGGUCAUCUGCUCAGUUAUCUGGAUCCCCAUCAUGUUCGUCAUCAAGAUGCACCUUGCUCCAGGAUCCAUUAUCGAGCGAUUAAAGCUUGUAUGUUCUCCUCAGCCUGAUUGGGGUCCCUUCUUGAUGAAGCAUCGCGGUGAGCGCUAUAAAAACAUGAUUGACCCGCUUGGAACAAAUUCACUGGGUCUUAAACUUCCUCCUAAAGACUUCCAGCUUUCUGGCCCUUGACCUCUAAUUAACGACUGCUCUGCUCUCUGACCGAAUGACUCCAUUUGUCUAGACUUAAUUUCUAUUAAUUCCUCAGUACGCAGUACAGCACAGGACUUGGCUCGAAUGCACUGGGGGCUUAAACUUUAUUUAAACUCUUUCAGCCAUUUUGAUCAUUCAAACUUCAGCUUCAAUUUUCUACCUUCAACUUCUUCUUAAUCUUUUCUUUCCUAGCAGGACCCCCCCCCCUCUUUCUCUUCUAACUUCCGCCCUUUUCCCUGUCUUCACUUUUCUCGAGCUCUUGUGCUUUUUUUCUUGGCUGCACAGCCGCUAUCAUUUCCGUGGCGGACAUCUUGUACACACUCUUCACACGAACACGUCCUGAAACUCCCCAAACCAUACGAGGGAGACGGACUUGUAGUUCAAGGCUAAUUCCUGCUCUUUACCCGCUCUUUAAAUUCGUAACUUUGUGCCUCUGAUCUCUUCUGAAUCUAACAGUAAUAGAUUUUAUUUUUGUGCAGCACCUUUCUGUCACUUACGAUUGCUGUACAAGUCAGAAUGAAUCUAAAGCUAGGGAAAGCGAUAAUAUACUGAUAUAUGAUACUAGCUGCUCAAUCCUGUAUCUUUGCAUCACAAGAAGCACAAAGCUAUUAGUUGAUUUCUGUCGGUCAUGUAAUCUCUCCAAACUGUAUGCACAUUAAUCUCUCACAUCAUUUCAUAGCUAAAGAUUGCAGCCAUAAUAUUUAGGACACUCCUCAGUGCCCAGGUAGCAUUUAUGUGUGAGAAACAUUCAUACAGUAUAUUUAACGCUACAUGUUUGUGAUCUUUACUUCGACUUGCUGCGUCUUUUAUGCAGGAAGGAGAACCUUUAUGAUAUAAAUACAUAUACAUGUAUAAAUUUACCCCGACAGUGUGGCAUGUGUGCUAACCCGUGUGUCGUUAGCUGUGCGGCUGAUAAAUAUGAUAUUUAUAUAUUUUAGAGAGUCGUAGUUAGUUGAGCUGUGUGUUAAAUGUCAUCACCUUCCUUCGAUGUCAGUAGAUUACAAAAAAAAAUGUUAUUCGUCUCUGAGUAAGAUGUUCGGAGAUGUUUCUGCUUCUCCUCCUUACAUCUAUCGUCUAAGUCUCGCCAUGAAUAAGGGUCUCAGGUAUAAUUGUCAUUGGCCUUAUCUUUCUCAAGAAGUGGAUUUAUUUAUCCUUUUUAUUUGCAAAAUAUCCAAAUUAGUUUCAGACUUUUAAAUGCUUCUAACACACACACACACACACACACACUUUUCAGAGAUGGAUAAUGACCCUAUAUAUAUUUAUUAUAUUUAAUAAUGUGCCCCUCCUCACUGGACAAUGGGAGGGUGGAUUUGGAAUAUUACAGCUCAUAUUUUUCCUUAAUUUAAACGCAGGAGAAUUGCUAAACCAAAGUUGGUACUUUGGCCAUUUGCUUUUAGCCAAUAAAAAAAUAUACGUAGAUAUAGUCUUGCACUAAAGACUUAAGUAGCCAGAUAGUAACACUAGUACUAAACUAAACAGCGUACUAAAGUCUCCAAGGGGACACCAGUACUCUAAAGACAUGUAAUGUCUACAGAUAUAGUCCAUAGAUAUAUACUGUGGCUUUCACUUCAUGUGAGGGUUGCAUGCUUUAAUCAGUUCAUAUCUUACUGUACACUCAUGACGUGACGUAGAAUAACAGACAAUAAUAACACUAUAUGUCCGACAGUCACAGCCACAUUCUGAAAGCCAUGAGGAAAAUGACCUUCUACUACAACUCAGAGGUUUAAUAUAUGUAUGUGUUUUUAAGUUAGAUGUGUAAUAGUGACCAAUCAAAGUAACUAAUUCUAAAGCAAUCAUAGAUCAUUGGCCUCAUAUCACACAGACGUCUAUCGGUGCUUUGAGUGAAGUUGCUUGAAAUGCUACAAACACAGUCGCUGAGAUGUUCGAGUGCGUCCGGAUCCGCUGCAUGCUGUCUCACACCGUGAAAUGAAGUUCGACUUGCAGUCACGUCAUCAGUAGACUCUAAAGAUGAGGUGUCAUGAGAAAAAAAGAAAAAAACAAAACAAAAACAAACAAACUAUGGUAUAUAAUAUAUUAAUAUAUGGUAUGUAUAUGAAUUGCUUUUAGUAUUUAGUAGCACAAAAAAAUGUAUGUGUGUGAGUGUGUGUUUGCGGGUGUAUCAAAGUGCAAUCCUUAGUAACUCUGUUCCUAAAUAGCCAUCUAGUGUAAGCAGCCCUGGGGUAGACGGUAGAGAGGGAAAAGACCCGACAGUCAGUGGGGCCUGAACAUGGUGUACAAAAAUGCCAAAUUGUUCAAAGUUCUGCUUUUUAUUCCAAAGACAAUUACAAAUUUGUUAAAAAAAGCUUAAGAGUAACAUGACGGUAGGUCAAAUGGCCUCUUUAUACAUUUAUUACAGCAUGUUAUAUAAUAUUAUAAUAUUAUAUAUACAGCGCUGUGGAAAUAUUGAACCCUUUACCAUGCUUACAGCAGGCAGAAACAAUAAAAUAUAGUUUGUUUUAGCCUUUAAAAUCAGAUUUAGCUUCCUGGGGCAUGUUGUUGUUAUGGCAUGUACUGUCUUGUGUGUUAAUAUGUCUAGACGUGUGUCUUUAAGGAAACGGAGCACAGCGUAGUUUGAAUAAUGUCCCUGAGAAUGCAGUGUAAAAUAAUUAUAUUUGUGAAAAUAUUAUGAAACCAACCUUGAGAUAAAAACCCAGCAAAGUUUAAAUUAGACAUUGAUAUCCAGAUUGAUCUGGAUGUGGCCUUUAGUUACACAAUUGUUUACACUCAAGGUAUUUAUUUAAUAAGGCAAUGUGAUCAUCAGCCUAGUGACUGAGAGCAUGAUUAACCCAAGGUUACCCCUGAAGCCUACGUCAAAAGCUGAACUGUUAGGGCUAAAUUCUAUGUGUAGAUGUUGGAUAAUCAUUUUUAUGCAAGAUCAUGGAUUUUGGUCACUUAAAUCAUAUCCUCGUGGAUUUAAAGCAACAUCCUGUCCUGUAGUCCAUCUCUAAAUAUAUGUUUAAAAAUACAGCUGCAAUACAAAAAAAAAAAAAAUUAAAGCAAUAUUCCUUAAACUUUAUUAUGUUAAAGAUAAACAGCGAUGAUAGACACAGCCACAUGAGCUGGAUCUUAAUUGCCUUGUAUAAAUAACAUGCAAUGUCCUGAAAGAGAAAAAGAUCCCUGUGUACUGGAAAAGUGAAAAAAGGCCAUCUUUAAAUGUCUGUUUUUCCCUCCAGGAUGCAAAUUGAUUCAUUAGAAACCACUUUUUGGUAGGUUUUUAGAGCCUGAGGAGCGGUGUGAGAGGCCUUUCAUAUAGUUAUGGCUUUAUAUCUCUCUAUAUAAUUUAAGGGCACAGGGAGUCACUGUGGAAGUGUAAUAAUGAGGGUGAACUCUGCCAAUGUGAGCUGGCAUUCUGGACAGAUUCUGCUUUGAGCGAGAUAGUCAGCCCCUUCCUCCUCCUCCUCCUCGUCUUCCAAAUCUCUACAAAACUUCAGUUGUUUAUGAAAUUCAUUUUAAGCGUCUGAAUACCGCAGCCAAACAUGACAGUAUUUAUACAGUGCAGAAAAUGAAGUUAAAAGAAAUACUUCAUACCAUUCAUCUUCAUAGAUGUGGUUUCCCAAACGCCAGCAAAUAAUAUAAAGACCAUCUCUGAGCAGCGAGCUAAAAGCCUUCUAUCAGGUUAAUAACAGGGGAGGGUUUUGGAUGCAUUUGUAGACAGAACAAUGAUUAAAAAAAGAUUAUCAAAGCCUGCAAGAUAUUGACGAUCUUAGAAUUAGAAAGAAAAAUAUUAUAUAUUUUUUAAAAGAAAAAAAUCCCCCCCCCCCUCUCUCUCUAGGCCUAACGUCUCUCCCCUCUCUCAAGCCCACCUGAACAAUUAAAACAUAAGGACACUAAAUAAAUAGCUAGCUGACUGAUUUGCAUGCGCUGUUUGUGUUCAUGUGUUAUUCCAGUGUUCUUUUCCUCCUUUCUCUUUCUCCUUCUUUCUCUUUUUUGCAUGCCUUCCUCAUAUCAGAACCAGUUGGCUUUAGUUUUUUAAAUAGAUUUUUCCCCUUCUUAAAAAAAAGGAAAUAAACGAUCGCCUAUGGCCAAGAGCCAGCAGGUAACCAAAGAAGGAGAAUUUUAUUAAAUAUUUAUCAAAUAAAAGAUA